CUAAGGCAGGGUCUGUGUUAUGCUAGGCCUCCUGAUUCCUCCCUCUUCUUUAUAGGGAACGAUGUUGCUGCUGCUGCUGGCUAUAAUAGAAAUUUCAGAAUUGUGCUGUAACUCUGGAAAAGGGAUGUAGACAUUUAUUCAGUCUAGAGGAGGCAUAUCACUUGAAACAGAUUUGUUCAUUCAAUGCCUAACACUGCAAGCUCUCAACUAGAGAGCGAUUCUGGAGAAAAUGGACCUGGACCUGGAACAAAGGCUUCUGCAGUUACUCAUGGUACUGUAAAGCAAUGUUGCUGCAGGUGCCCAGUUUCCUCUGGAUCCCUUGGAGAAAGGCAUUAUCCAUGGGUUGUCCUGUGACUACCCGAGAAAGUUACACUGUCUUUCAACUAGUGCUUUUUAAAACCAAGGGACAUCCAUUCGCAAAGCCCAAGUGCUAAAGUUAGUGCCUGCUUAAAAGACAAUGCUGCCUUAAGUGUCGGAAACAAUUCUCCUGGUUUUAUUGGUGUUCGAACUGACACGUCAGACAUAGUUUACAAUGAAGAUACUAACCUGGAAAGUUUGGCCAGUAGCCUGGGAAAACUUCCACUGGCAUGGGAAAUUGAUAAGUCUGAAUUCAGUGAUUCAUCUCCAGAUCUGAAGAAUCAAGCAGGCCACAUGAAGAAGCAAGGAAGCAAGAAAAUGUCUGUAGACAAAAAGAGUAAACUAUACCGAGAGUGUCCACAACAUUACGCCCUUGAAGAUGUGAAACAACGCAAAGUGUUAGAUCUACGGAGAUGGCACUGCAUAAGUCGGCCACAGUAUAAGACUUCCUGUGGGAUUUCGUCUUUAGUCUCCUGCUGGAAUUUCCUGUAUAGCACAAUGGGAGCUGGAAAUUUACCACCUAUUACUCAAGAAGAAGCAUUGCACAUAUUGGGCUUUCAACCUCCUUUUGAAGACAUUCGAUUUGGUCCAUUUACUGGAAAUACUACAUUAAUGAGAUGGUUCAGACAAAUCAAUGAUCACUUCCAUGUAAAAGGAUGUUCAUACUUUCUCUAUAAACCUCAUGGGAAGUAUAAGACAGCUGGAGAGAGUGCUUCAGGAGCAUUGGCAAAACUAACACAAGGACUACGAGAUGAAUCCAUAGCCUACAUCUACCAUUGCCAAAAUCAUUAUUUUUGUCCAAUUGGAUUUGAAGCAACCCCAAUAAAACCUAGCAAGGCAUACAAAGGGCGCCUCUUGCAGCAAGAAGUAGAACAUUGGAUACUCAUUGGAGAACCAAGCAGGAAGCACCCCACAAUUCAUUGCAAAAAGUGGGCAGACAUUGUAACUGACUUAAACACUCAAAAUCCAGAAUACCUAGAUAUUAGGCACUUGGAAAGAGGUAUUCAGUAUCGAAAGACAAAGAAGGUAGGAGGAAACCUGCAUUGCAUCAUUGCUCUUCAGAGGCUUAACUGGCAAAGGUUUGGUCCAUGGAACUUUCCAUUUAGAAACACUAAACAAGACUUACAGUCCCACUCACAGACACAGGGUAUAGCCAAAUCUGAGAGUGAAGACAAUAUCUCCAAGAAGCCUCAUGGGCGCCUGGGUAGAUCUUUUAGUGCUAGUUUCCACCAGGAGUCUGUCUGGAAGAAGUUGUCUCAUCUUCAUGAAAGGCGAAACAGUGGUUUUCAGAGUUACACAGAUUAUGAUGCAAAUGACUGAAAAUAAUGAUUUUUGCAAGUGCUGUAUUGUAGAUAUAUUAAGAUAUGGGAAAUUUUUAUUGCACACAGAGUAUGGAAUGGAUAGAAAUGUCAAUACAGAAUGCGGUCAUUGGAAUGCUGGUUGCAUUAUAUGUGUGGAUAGUUAUAUUGGGGAUAAUGAGAGAUUUUAACUCAAACAUAAGCACAGAAUAUUCUAUACUUACAAUCCAGUAUAAUUGGCAGUUGACGUUUUGCAAAAUGUGAAACCAGAACUAAUCUAGGGUAAAACCAGUGGUGGGUGGGAACUGAUAAAGAGAAUAAAUAACACACGAGAUAAAGCAUGAGAUUUUGUCACUUUCUAAAACAGUUUUUGAAACUCCAGUUGUAGAAUAGUCUUAAAGGUAAAAAAUAUUUGUUUUUAAGGAUUUUCAGAAAUGCAAUAAAGGACAUCAUGGUCCAGUUCAAAACUUACAAAAUACCAAAUGCAAAAAGCAUGUAUAAUUAUUUAGUAAUGUUUAAUUUAUUUAUUGGAACAUUGCUCUGUACAACUUAUAUUGCAUUGAGAUCUUUGUUAGCUGUUGUAAGUGGCAAGCCUAUAGCAAGCCCUGGAAAGCUGCGGUACCUGCUUGCUCCUUUUGCAGGGAGGAAGAAAAAUAUUCCACUGCCGAGUGUAUACUCCUCUAGCACCUUUCAGUGCAAUCUGAAUUAUUUCACUUCUUACAGGCUGCUUUUAAACAAAUUCCUUUUCUUUAUUAACCCAAUGAUGUUAUGUUGGGCUGCACCUGCAUUUUGGUUCCUCUUGUGCUUUCUGGAUCCUUUCCACAUCACCCUUUAACUGUUUCACUGUUAAUAAGGGAGAUGCUUUAAGUGCCGAAAUACACUGGCAGCCGCAGUGAUAUACCUCUUUGGCCAGAACACUGUUUGUAUUUUUUUCAAAUGAUAAUGUCAAGUAGCUUUAUUUGAAAGUAUAAUAUGUUCUCAUUAAAAAACUUAAAAAGUA